GCAUGUUCCUCAGUGACCCUUGCAGGCCGAGGAGAUACCACGUCCACAUCAUGACGAAAGGGUCUGUGCUAGCUUCGUGCGUCCUUUUGUCGUGCUCUUUCGAACCGGCGGCUCCGUUCCUCCAGGCCGGUAUAGGAGCACGAACGUCGUAUGUUGCACUUGGAAGCAGACAGCAGCCUCUGCAGCAUCAUGUGUCGCGGUAUCAUCACCGGCGGCAACACCAGCGAGAGACCGUAAGGUGUUUCUUCAGCUUCGGGGGGGGCGCGAAAAAGGGCCCCCCAGCCAACUACGACGCGAUCGCGGCUCAGGCCAUCGCUGCUGUGCAGGCGGGGCUCAAGAGCGGAGAGAAGGCCAUGGAAGUCGAGUUUCCCCCGCUGGCCUCCCUGAACAAGAUUAACGACGGCAGCGCCAAGAAUCGAAGACUGGCGCGGGAGAACACCCUAAGUUUCGCAAAGAAGCUGGUCGGUGCGAUCGGCAAGAGCAAGAAAGCGUACGUGGUGUGCUGCCAGCCGGGGGCGAAGGCCGACUUCGGUAUCGGGGUCAGGGGAGCGGCCGACGUGCGCGACAUCAACGCCAAGAACCUGCCGCCGGCCAAGGCCGGGGACGUGGUGGUGGUGGUGACGCCGGCUGACCAGGGCCAGUGGAAGCUGGCAAAAAAAAUGGCCGAGACAACCACUGUGGUUAUCGUUAACGGCGUUUUCGUGAACGGCUACGUGCCCUUCGAGCCGGUGUACUACUUCAAGCCUAUCUCCGGGUGGGGUUCCGUGGUUCGUCAGUACCCGGGCCCUUUUACGGCCUACCUGGCUAACUCGAACAAAGUGGUUCCUUGCGAUGCAGGACUUGUGAAGCAGGGAGACAUCCGGAGACCGGAUCUAAGGAGCGCUGCCAAUGCCCUCAGCGCGGCGUUUCGAGAGCAACAAGGAGCAGCAUAG